UACAAGGAUGAAAAGGGGGAGGCAGGGGUAAGCUGAACAUGUGGGAGAGAAAGACCUCCCUCCCAAAUCCAGAGGCACACAGAUAGACAGAGCGAUUCAUUUUAGUCUAACCUUCUGUAAAAAGGAUCAAGAACAAGAGAGAGCAAAGCAUAGAGAAAAGGCAACUGAGAGAGAGCAGGCACUACAACCUCAAAGACUGGGAGACCACAAGAGAAAGAAGCUGCUUAUAAAUCACUGCAGCUGCUACAGGGAGACAAGCAGAGACUAUAAUAAAAGACAAAACCAUCCUUACCGAGAAAGGAAGAAGGAGAAAAGGGAUAAAAUUACAAUCACUCACUAAGAUAUUUCAAAAGGGUCUGCACGAAGAGGCAAAUACAUCCAGCAAAGAUAUCAAAUGGAACUUCAUAAGCCAAAAAUAAACUAAAGGCUCUAUAAAGAACGAAACAUAUUGCAAAGCAUUCUACAAAACAGACUGAGAAACAGACACAGCUAGAGGCACUACUGGAUAUCUUUGCUUCUAACAGUCUAAACUACUAUACUGACAUAUUGCAAAAAAACUGUAUGCAAUAUACUAGGAGAAAGAAAAUGAUCACAUUGAAGUUCAUCCUUACAUUUCUUGUUGUCAUUCCACUGUCAUCCUCUAAUGAGAUUGGGGAGCAUGAUGCUCUCUGUGGUCCUGGUGACUCUUGCUAUGCACUGUUUUACCAAAGGCGUGGUUUUCUGGAGUCCUGGAGAGCCUGCAGAGAGCGUGGGGGCAAUUUAGCCACCGUAAAAAGUGACCAAGAAGCAGCUUUAGUUGAGCAACUUCUCACCUCUUCAUCAAAAUCUCGUGGUGAUGUGGAUCAGCUCCAGCUAAGGUUUUGGAUUGGGCUACAGCGUCAACCUAGGCAGUGUGCACCACAAAAGCCCUUACGUGGCUUCACCUGGACUACUGGAGACCAAGACACAGCAUUUACCAAUUGGGCCCUUCAGCCUGUGUCUUUGGGGCCCCCUGGCUCCUGUUCAGCCCCCCGCUGUGUGGCUAUAGGUCUGGGUUAUGGAAAACCAGAGGAUGAUUUCAAAUGGCUGGAAGGUACCUGUACUUUGCCUGUUGAUGGGUUUGUGUGCAAAUUCCGCUACCAAGGAAUGUGUCCAGCACUGUCUGAAGGUUCUGUCCGUUAUUCUGUGCCCUUUGGCUAUCAUGGUACUUGGCUUGAUCGCCUUCCUUUUGGCUCAGUGGCAGCAGUGUCAUGUGAGGGGCAAAAACAAGAUGUUUCUGUACUCUGCAUGUUAAAAGAAGAUGGUACUGUGGGGUGGAAUGUAAAUGAGCCACUUUGUCACACUUCUCCUGACCAAUGUAGUCGAUGCCAGCAUCUUUGCGGGGAUGGAGGUGCUUGUGCUUGCCACGAAGGGUACAGUCUGCAGCUGGAUGGAUAUUCUUGUGAACCAGAUGAUGACAUGAGCUUUGAGGAUCAUGGCAUAGUACAUGGAUGUCCAUGUCAAUAUCGUUGUUUAGACCUUGAAAAAGGCAAAGGAUACCAAUGCAUAUGCCCAGAGGGUUACAUUCUGGCUGCUGAUGGGCAUCGCUGUGAAGAUAUAGAUGAAUGUGAAGAAGAUGAUGAAGGGCAAUGCGAGCAUUCUUGUCAGAAUACCCUAGGUUCAUAUGUCUGCUCAUGUGACCUUGGAUUUUCCAUCCUAGAAGAGGAUCCUAGUCGUUGUGUGGAUGUAGACGAAUGCCAGAUUGCCAGGGUAUGCCAACAGAUGUGUGUUAACUAUGUGGGUGGCUUUGAAUGUUUCUGUAGUGAGGGCUAUGAGCUGGAUGCAGACAGAGUGACUUGUAAGCCUAUUGGGCACUCAGAAACUAGAUAUCCACCUGGUGCACCUUUUAGCACAUCUGAGGAGAGUGAGGAAGAGGAUGAUGCAUGGUAUGGAGAAGGGGUUGAAGGGGAAAGUUUUUUGACACAGUGGGGUAUGCCAGAGACAGAAACCAGAGGAAGCAAAGUUAGAUGGGAUUCCAGUGAUAAUGCAGAGAAUGAGUAUGGGUUGACAAGACAGGAAGAAAGUUGGGAUGCCACAGUUCAGCCAGAGGUUGUCAUAGACACCACCAUGACUCUGCUGGAUGAAUGGGAAGAGGUGACAUAUCCUGUGGUAUCAUCAACACAUAAGCAGCCUGGGAUAAGUUAUCCUCCUUCUGCCUGGGAGGAGGAGGAGGAGGAGGAGGAGGAGGAGGAGGAGGAGGAGAAGAAGAUGGAUCCUGUUGUCUUGACCACAGCUUUGUUAGCCCAGAACACAUUAGUUGCAGAAAGAUAUGACAGUGAAAAGGCAACAGAUUUCCCCACAACAUCAAUGAGCUCAUCUACAGCUUCUUCAGAUCUGGCACAGCAGCUAUCAACAACUGUCAAAUUAGCAACAGACAAAGUCAGUGUUACUGAAGUCAUAGAAGCAGUCACCACUGUUAACCCUAUAAAAGAAAACACUGAAUGUUCCACAUGUUCAUGGAAAAGUACCAAGGGCCCGUCAUCAUCAUUAGACCAAAAUAAAAAUAUGAACCAUCCACCAACCACAUUGGGGCUGAAUGUAGCAAUAGACAAUAGUUCAACAACUGUGGCUCUACCAGGACACCAGCUUAAUAACUCUGUGGUGGAUACUCCAGUAUUUUCCACAUUUUCACCUAUGCCACCUCAGGAAUCAAAGGGUAAGAGGGAUAACCGGUGGCUGAUUGUAGCACUGCUGGUCCCUCUGUGUGUUUUCCUGGUUAUUAUGUUAGCCCUUGGUAUUGUUUACUGUACCCGAUGUGGAGGGGAAACAAAACCACGUAGUAUCACUGACUGCUAUCACUGGGUGACUGGAGCAGGACCUGAGAAAGGUGUUGCCCCCACAGGUGUAGAAACACAAUAUACACAAGCAGUUGUUUGAAAUGGAAUCAAUAUUACAUUGUAAAAGAGAAUAGUUAGAGGAAUGUGUAAUUCUUUUUCCCUCAUCUUGAGAUACGCUGUCUAAAACAGAGUUUUGGGUAGAUCUGGGACCACUGUAUCUAGCUUUUAUGUAUGUGUGUCAGCUCCACUUUAUACCUCUCUUCAUUUUGCCUUCUGUUCUUUCCCCUAUGCAGCUCCAUCAAGUUUGACGCUAUCCCUAAUUCCAGUAUUAGCUAUAUCAAGUAUACAUUUCUCCUUUAUCUACAGUGGCUAUAAGGCACUUACGGAAAAUAAAGCUGUUGUAAUGGUCCCAUUGUCACUAGGUUUCUGAAAUAAACCAAAGGUGUAUAAUGUUUAAUGUUUCUAUUACCUUGGUGUGACCAUUUAAAGGAGCCAGGUCACAGUAAGGUGACUAAAACUUUGGGCAUUAAAACCUAUGGUUUAUAUCUUUUGCACUAAUGCAUGCUGUCUGUCAUUUACCCUUUAUCUCCAAAAUCAGUGACUUCAUGGAAUAAAUGACACGCUAUCCUAAAAUGAAUGAAUGAAGUCAAUUCACAAGAUAGCAAAGCAUGCAUGCCAUAUUAACGGGGUUAUUUAUCAAAGGUUGCGUUUGUGAGGUUUUUAUACCUCGAAUAAACUCACAACUCAAAUGUUUUCUGAUUUAUAAAAAACUUGAAUGGGAAAAACUCAAAUUAGUGAAUUUGGGGUGAAAAUACUUGCAAACCCAAAGAUCUUCAAGGCGUUCAAGGGACCUCUGCCAUUGACUUCUAUUUAGUUGGAGUAUGUUCGGAUUCGAGCCAUUUCCAGCUUCAGGUUAUAAUAAAUCUCGAAAACUUCAAAUUUAAAAAUAAAUAAAUAACCCCCUUAGUGUUGAUUAUUAUCACGCAUAGCAUUUUACAAAAAAUUAAUUUCACUCUCACAUUGUUUUCUUAGGUUCAUGUUGUUGUCCUUGUUU